CUACCCAAUCGCGGCUGAGCGGCGGCUCCCGGCUGCUGGUGGGAACAACAUGGCGGACCGCCUCACGCAGCUCCAAGACGCGGUGAACUCGCUUGCAGAUCAGUUUUGUAAUGCCAUUGGAGUAUUGCAACAGUGUGGUCCACCAGCUUCAUUUAAUAACAUUCAGUCAGCAAUUAACAAAGACCAGCCAGCUAACCCAACAGAAGAAUAUGCUCAGCUUUUUGCUGCACUGAUUGCCCGGACAGCAAAAGACAUUGAUGUUUUGAUAGAUUCCUUACCCAGUGAAGAAUCCACAGCUGCAUUACAGGCUGCUAGCUUGUACAAGCUAGAGGAAGAGAACCACGAAGCUGCUACCUGUCUGGAAGAUGUUGUUUAUAGAGGAGACUUGCUUCUGGAAAAGAUCCAGAGCGCACUGGCUGACAUCGCUCAGUCCCAGCUGAAGACAAGAAGUGGGGCCCACACCCAGCCUUUCCCAACUACUAGCACUGUCACACCCUGGGCUGAGAAAAGGACGGGUCCAUGCCAUUAGAAUUCCACAGCAGAUAUACCAACACGGCAACAUCAACCUCUCAUACAUGCUGCCUUUCAGCUGUUUUUUUUUAUAUCAAGACAGGUAUACAAUUGUGUUCAUAAUAGAAUUAAACAUAUAAUAAAGUU